CUCACCUCCUCCUCUUCCCAGAUCUCACACGAUCAAGAGGACUGUAUAUCCUUCAAAGUUCACCAGUACUUUAAUGUGGGGCUCAUCCAGCCAGGAGCAGUCAAGGUGUACUCUUAUUACAACCUGGAUGAGUCUUGUACCCGGUUCUACCACCCGGAGAAGGAAGAUGGAUUGCUGAGCAAAAUCUGCCACAAUGAAAUAUGCCGCUGUGCUGAGGAGAGCUGCUUCAUGCACCAAUCAGAUGACCAGGUCACCCCAGAUGACCGGCUGGACAAGGCCUGUGAGCCGGGAGUGGACUAUGGUAAGGAAGGGUGGGGAGACACAUGUGCAUGUGUGAUUGUGUGUGAGUGAUGGUGUGUGUGGCUG